GUCUAUAUCACCUAGAUUAAGCAGAUGCCUAUUCCUGUUUCAGCAACAGAAAGAGAUAUGUGUUUCUAAUCUUGUGAUUGACACAUUGAAGUUUGUGACCACACAGUUUCAAGGUUUGCGCACUGGACAGAUCAGACUAGAUACCAGAUUGAAUAUGGACGAGAAAUAUGAUGUUAUCGUUUUGGGGACAGGCCUAAAAGAAUGCAUACUCAGUAGUUUAAUGUCAAUGGAAGGGAAGAAAGUACUUCAUAUUGACAGAAACAGUUUCUAUGGUGGUGACAUUACGUCCGUAACUCCUAUUGAUUUGCUGUUUGCACGAUUUAAAGUCAAGGCAGACACUAGUAAAUAUCAGCGUGGUAAGGACUGGAACGUUGAUCUGAUUUCGAAGUUUUUGAUGGCAAAUGGAAAACUGGUCAAAAUUCUUAUCCACACCGGUGUAACACGGUAUUUGGAAUUCAGAAGUGUAGAAGGUAGUUAUGUUUACCAGGGAGGAAAUAUCCACAAAGUACCAUGUAACGAAAGCGAAGCUCUUACUACAAAGCUUAUGGAUCUGUUUAAGAAGCGUCGGUUUAGGAAAUUUUUAGUCUGGGUGAUGAACGUAGAUUUGGAUAAACCUACAACAUGGAAUGAUAUCUACGCAUCACCAUUGGAUAUAAGAAAAGACAAUAUUUCUAACGCGUUUAGUUAUUUUCAAAUCGAUGAAGAAAUACAGAAUUUCAUUGGCCAUGCAAUAUGUUUGUUCCAAGAUGAUUCAUACAAAGAGAAUGUACCUGCAGCUGAAGUGAUAAGUCGUAUGCAGCUUUAUAGUCAAUCGGUUUGUCGAUUUGGCAAAUCUCCAUAUUUAUACCCGCUUUAUGGACUUGGUGAACUACCUCAAGCAUUCGCUCGCCUUUCUGCUGUUUACGGGGGAACAUAUAUGUUGGACAAACCGAUUGAUGAACUGGUGAUAGAAAAAGGUAAAGUGAUUGGAGUGAAAUCGGGUAAUGAAGUAGCACAUUGUGAUAUGGUUAUCUGCGACCCUAGCUAUGUGCCGAAUAUGGUGAAAAAAGUUGGGCAGGUUGUACGGGCUAUCUGCAUACUUACACACCCAAUAGAUGGUGUACACAGUUCUUUAUCAACUCAAAUUAUUAUUCCUCAGAGUGAAGUUGGUCGCAAACAUGAUAUAUACAUUUCAUGUGUUUCUCAUUCACAUAAUACCUGUCCUGAAAACUUCUUUCUGGCUCAUGUUGCAACUAUUUCUGAGACAGCUAAUCCAGAAAAAGAAUUGGAACCUGGUUUAAAACUUCUUGGAUCAAUUGAACAAGUAUUCUAUUCUACGCAAGAUCUAUUUGUGCCAAUAAAUGAUGGGCGUGAAUCUAAGAUUUUCAUAUCAACAAGUUAUGAUGCUUCCACGCAUUUUGAAUCGACUUGUGCCGAUGUCUUAGACUUGUACGAGCGUAUCACUGGACAUCCGUUUGAUUUUAAUAAAGUAACUCGAUGUGAAGAAGUCGGUGAGUGAAUGAGUGAGUAGAUUUCCACGUAAUUGUCUCUGGAAUGUGAGAAUGGCAUAAUUAAUAAUCUGAAGGAUAAGCAAGAAGCCGGAGUUAUUCUACCAAGAAUUACAUCAUGGUGUCGCUUUGCUUAUUCAUUAUUUACUCCUCACUGUCUUUUACAAUUUAAGAAAAAAUGCUUUUAAUUAAAAGGGUACUUGUUUUAGUUUGUUUUUUUUUUAAAUUUAUUUAUUUGUUUGCUGUGGGUAUUCAACAAUCACUUUCUUAAUUAUUUUACUUUCUAAUAUUUUCUUUUUGCUUUAUCGUUUAUAUCAUUCCUUAUGUGUGUGUAAUAACUUGUGGGCUGAAAGUAUAUUGUGAUAUUUUAUAAUUUUAUAUUACUGCUUCCUCUUCUUAUUCUCCUUCUUCUCUUUCUUUUUCGUGAUGGCCUCAGUGUUUUGUCCUCUCUCCUCUGUGAUAAGCACAAUCCAUACCUCAAUAUUUUCUAAGAUCUGACUAACUGAUGACUGACUGACUAUUAUCUGCAUAUUUAUGUGAGUGUGUGUGUAUGCGUGUGUGCAAUACAUUUAUGCCUUGAAGUUUCUUUUAUUGCUUUAUUUGCCGAUGAUGCAAUCAUAUCUCCCAAUGGCAUUAUCUCCGGUGAUGAUGAUCAUGAUGGUGAUAUUAUAGCAGGUGAGGGUCUCCCAGUCGCCUAAGUAUCUUUAUCUCUGCAUUCAUUUGUUAGUGUUUCCUUUCUUUUUGACUGUUUAUCAACAGCAUCAACAACAACAACAAUGGAACACAAUCACCGAUUUAUAUAUUGUAGUUUUCUCUCUCUCUUUCUUUUGCCUUUGAAUGUUUUAUGUUGAGCUAUUUACUUAUGUCAUCUUAUUUAUUUUAAUAAAUUUGUCGUUUAGUGAUUACAGUGUUUGAAUAAUACUAAUAUUACUACUACUA